AUGACUGCGGCAGAUUGCAAAGCUUUGCAAAUUUUAAAAGUAAAAGCGCCCAAUACAGGCAGUAUUGAGGCGCAAAUUAAUCAAAAGCGCCUAAUACGAAGUAUUAUGGCAGUUCAGAAGAGAAAACGAGGAGGAGAAGGACAAAAAGAGGCUCAAGAACAAGGAACCGAUCUGAAAAGUAAACAGUCCGAAGUUAAACCAAAUCGGACCGAGGGUUCCAAGAGAAUGAAGAGCAACUUGCACAUUGAUAUGGGUGAAGCCGUUAUUAAACUUGGAGCUGAACAUCUUAGAUAUAUUAUUCCUUGCGUGGACAAUUUUCACAUUAUUGGAUGCUUCGCUUUAACUGAGCAAUGGAAGCUACUGCUACAUAUAAUGACGAGGACAGAGCUUAUCAUUAAUACACCGACAUUGUUAGCUCAAAAUAUUGGAUCACAAACCUAA